CAGGGCGGGAGCAUCUUGCGCCCGCGCGCCGCGUCCCUUCCUCUCGUGCCUUUUGUGUUUGAAACUCUCAUAUCUCACAUAUCAAUAAUUCAAGCGCGCGCGAGAGAGAGAGCAGACGGAGCUCCCCCCCCCACCCCCCGCGCGCUAUGAGUUCUACUGCCUCGUCACUCGUCCAGGGCCCCUCCGCACCGCGCGCGACUCCCGCUUCUUGUGUUUCCAAGUGACAGAAAACCUGCCGAGAAGUGAAGAAAAAGAGGAAAGGUGCAGGUGAACACCGGCGACUCGAGCGGAGAUAACGGUGGUAACAAACUGAUUUUUCAAAAAAAAAAGGAGAGAAGCCUAAAAAUAAAACGCCUGUUAUCCCCUCAAAGAGACCGCGAGGGAUAAACUGUUUUCAGAGGGCUAAUUAAAUCCAAGAAAACGGAGUGGCAUCUAGUUCAUCUGGGGAACACGCGGGGAAACUCUUCCUACCUUACUUUUUUAAAAAGGGGAAUAGACCCGCGGCUUCACAAGGUGUGAAUACGACCGAAGAAGUUCACCGUUCUGGUCCGGUAUGUUGGCGUUUUGCCUGCUGAGUGCCGUGUGGCUCGCGGCGAGCCCGGCCCGCGCUCAGAACGAGACGGAACCAAUCGUCCUGGAGGGGAAGUGCCUAGUGGUGUGCGACUCCAACCCGGCCGCGGACCCCACAGGCACGGCGCUCGGCAUCUCGGUGCGCUCGGGCAGCGCCAAAGUGGCGUUCUCCGCAGUCCGGAACACCAACCACGAACCGUCCGAGAUGAGCAACCGGACCAUGGUCAUCUACUUCGACCGGGUUAUAGUAAAUAUUGGGAAGAACUUUGAUGAGGAGAGAAGUAAUUUCAUCGCGCCGCGCAAAGGGAUUUACAGUUUUAACUUCCACGUAGUGAAAGUCUACAACCGCCAAACUAUACAGGUGAGCCUGAUGCACAACGGCUGGCCGGUGAUUUCAGCGUUUGCCGGUGACCAGGACGUGACGCGCGAGGCGGCCAGUAAUGGUGUUCUGAUCCAGAUGGAGAAGGGAGACCGGGCCUACCUCAAACUGGAAAGAGGAAACCUCAUGGGAGGAUGGAAAUACUCCACCUUCUCCGGCUUCCUGGUGUUCCCCGUGUAGAGGAAGAGGGAGAGGGAGAGGAAGAAGAAGAGCAGGGGGUGGAUUUGAAAGGAGGAGGAGCUGGUGGAAGAUGGGAAGUGCGACGAUGACGGGAGGGAAAAGGCAGACGGAGGAAGAAGAGGGGCGUGGGGAAAAGAAAAGGGACGUGAAUAAGAUGGUGGAAAAGAAGAGGGAUUGUGACAACGGACUCUGUUUGGGACGCUGCAGAGGGAGGAGGGAGAUGUUAGAGAGAUGUAAGAGCAUGGCACAGAAUGAUUAUACAAUGGUAAAAAUAAGAGAAGAAAUGAUGAAGCCAGUACAUGAAAGUGUAUGGCCAGCUUCUUCACUUCCCUUCCUCCUUUCAUCUAUCCUUUCAACCAUUCUUUCCUCCCUCCGUUUUAUUCAGUGGCUUGACUGCAGCUUUGGACAGCCAAAACCUUUUUUAUUCUCUGCUGAAAGACGCAAUUGAUCAUCUGUAUGUUCCAGAGUGUUCUAAUGCCCGAGUGCACCACCCACCACCACCACCACCCUUCCUCCACAUUCAUUCAUUCAUUCAUUCAUUUAUGCAUCAAUCUCUAUCAACACAAGCUUUAAGGAAUGUUUCUUGAAGAACUGCUCCCCACAUCUCCAAUUUACUGUGGACAUAUUUCUACUUUUUUUCAUGCUCAACAUAAAUUGCACUGAUUUUGGAUCAGCCCAAAGCCAAACUCGAAUUUUUAUAGGGGAAACAUAAAACUCUGGUCCCAAAAUCAGGUGCUACAUUUACAUUCCCCAUAAAGCUGUGUUUUAUAGUUAUUAUAAUAAUUAUUGGAUUUAAAAAUAAAAAUCCUUCACCUCACAACUCAUGUGGGGUACAUAACUGUAGAGUUUCCUACACAUAAUCCAGGCAGCAAUUAAGUUUCUGCAUGAACUGUAGUCAGGAAAACAAAAGAGUAGUAUAGACAUGUAGGAGCCAGGAGGAGACAGGGUUGCUAUCUGACUUCAAUCAGGAAAUUAGAAGAUUUUAAAAGAAUACCCUACAAGCUAGCACAAUCUUUCCAAAAGUACUAUAGAAUUCUUUUUUUUUUUACAUUUCCACUGUAAUGAAAAUGUAUUAAAGUAUUAAAGGGUAACUUCGUUUUUUUUCAACCUGGACUCUAUUUUCGCAUGUUUUAAUGUGUACGUGACUGAUGGUAGCAACAAUCUCUGAAAUUGGUCCAGUAUUAAGCAACACCACUGCAGUGGGCAGCGGCGAAACAAGGUACGAUUUAAGUGAUUAGGCAAUUGUGCACCUUCAAUUUAAGUCCACUAAAAGUGCUUGUUUUGCCACUGAUAUGCUCAAACUUUUAUUCCAAGUGUCUGACAAAAUUAUGGAAAGGAUCCCUACAGAGGCUGACCUUUUUGUUAAAGAGUAAGAUCCUCUUUUUAACA